AUGUCCGAUAAUCUGGAUAAGAGCCACCACGAUGCGGUCGAGACCGCCGCACCUCCCACUAAGAAGCGUGGUUGCGCUGCACACUGCAAGCGGUUCUGGUGGGCCUAUGUCAUCGGCUUCAUCGUCGUCCUGCUUGUCGUUAUUCUGCCUGUAAUCUACGUUGGAUACCCUAACAUCGCCCAGCGAGAUGUCAACCGAUCAACCCUCGAAAUCACGGAGAUGGAAAUCACAGACCCAUCUCCAGACUCAUUCCACAUCAGACUGACCCAGGUCAUUGGCUCCAAGAGCAAAUACCACCCAAAUCUUGACGCAUUCAACGCGGAUGUUUCCCUCCCCAACAGCGACGAGCCAUUCCUCAAACUCAACGUUCCAGCCGUCAAGGCCGUUGACGGUGCGGUUGCUAAGAUCGACCAGGAUGUGGACUUGCCCAAUGGCGAUGCUUUCGCCGCAUACUCGCUUGCCGUCAUGAAGCAGGAAGAGGUCUCGAUGAUCGUUUUCGGUGAAACCGGGUUGAAGGAAGGAUCUCUACCCAAGACCACUGUAACCUACAACAAGACCGUGACUAUGAAGGGUCUUAAUGGCCUUAAGGGCUUUAACGUGACGGAGUUUGAGAUCACACCCCGAGACGACGACGGAAACAACAUGCGCGGAAACGUGUUCAUUCCCAACCCCAGCGUGAUGACUCUGACUAUGGGCAAUCUCACCCUCAGCCUCUCUGUCGAUGGGAAAGACAUUGGCAAAUCCUUCAUGAACAACGUCGUCAUCCGCCCCGGCGACAACAACAUUGAAAUGAAAUCCAAGGUCGACCAAGCGCAAGUCCUCGGCCUAAUCGCUGGCAGAAACGCGCGCUACCGAAACGGCAUUGUCCCUAUUGACAUCGUCGGUGACUCGGCGGUUUAUAACGGUGAAGAUCUCCCCUACUAUUCCAAGGCCUUGGCCUCGAACAAGUUACAUGUGGAGUUGAACGUUGGAGCUGCACUGGGAUCCUAA